UUACACCGUGAUCGCCACGACGAGCCCUUCAUAUCAGAAGAUCGUUCGUAUACUAUGCAGAGAAGAUUUCCACGCAAACGAGCUGUAAGACACAAGAAAAAUUUCCAAUAGACUUUCAUGUUAUAACGACGAAUACGUCAGCGUGAUCUCAGCGGAUCUUUUAGCCAUGCCAUCGAAACAAAAUACAUUUCUACAACAGACAGUUGGUUUGCAACCAUUUGACGCCAUCCAGUUACAUCACUACACUAGAGUUCACUUAUUCCUCAAGAAUGGACUAGAUCCAGACCUCCGCGAUCAACAACAGCGAACCUUACUCAUGAGCGCGUGCAGUGUCAGUGUGACAGAGAAAGCUGCUGUAAAAUUCAGCAAUCUGCUGUUGAAAUAUAAAGCUAGGAUUGAGUUACAAGAUGAAAACGGGUUGAGUGCUUUACAUUAUGCGGUAUUAAAUCAACAUGAAAAUCUGGUUGCGAGGUUUCUCGAGUUUGCAGGAAAUUUUGAUGUUAAUAUGAAGGACAGUUUUGGGAAUACAGUACUAAUGUUGGCUGUAUUUACUAGGAACUAUGACAUAGUGCAAAGUAUUGUUCAUGUUUUGAGGAAGUACGAUUUAUCCGUAGAUAUAAGCAACUGUGAAGGACUCACUCCUCUCAUUCUAGCGACAUUAAUACACGACAAUGAGAUUGUUAGAUGUUUGAUCGAGGUUGGCAAAGCUUCAACUGAAAUACGCGACAAACAUUUCAGAAAGUCUGCUAAAGAUUGGCAACACAAUACAUCAAUGUAUCCGCAUGUACUGAAAGGUUCCUCUAUAUAUACCAGCAUUGGGAACCAUUCUAUCCCAAGAAAUCCACCAACAUACCCAGACAUACUCAAAGAUUGUACCAAUAUAUCCAUCAGUAACCCUACAUUAAAACGAGCUAUCCUACGAAAUCCAUCAGAACACAUCAACUAUCCCUCACAUAUUACAUCUGAAAGAUUAUUGAAACUGCGUUCAAAAGAAAAUCCUUUAAAAGAGGGCAGAUAUCAAUAUCCAGAUUUAAAACCAGUUUACAACUUGUACCAACAAGAACUUUCAAGUUCAUAUCGGAAAAGUGCUCCCCCACGAGUACAGACUCCUCCAGGCCCGAGUUCCGACUCCUCGGAGGGCCAAAACUCGUGGCGUAACACGAUACUAUCAUUAAAGUUAAAACAACGACGCCACACAAUAGCCUUAUCUCGCAGUCUACCCAACAACAUCUCUACUACGAAUCUUUUUGGACCACUUGUGUCGGGAACACACGCGCGGUCAUAUAGCCUGGGAACAAGUGAGGCAUUCGAGUCAUCGAAAUGGCCAACAUUACGUCAUAACACACGACGGAACUCAUUUCGUUUGUCAUACGUCAACACUGUGCCCGCCACAGCGCCAGGGGGAUUGCAAACUAAUCACAGACGUGCUUCAAUAUCUGGGGAUUUGAGGUCUCAAAGACGGCGAUCAGUUACUUUCCAGUCUCCAAAUAUAAGCCCGCGGGAUGUUGGAGCUCAGUCCCCUCGCACACAAAGAAGCACUUUGAAGAACAGCAAAGCAAGUGGCGAGAACAUUUUCCCUGGAGAGUUUACGAUACUGGAAGAAGACAGCGUAAAAUUGAAUGAAGACUGACUGUCUUAGUAAUAGCUCCGGUUUGAACGUUUUUCUAUUCCUUGUAGUCAACAGUGACGUUUCGCCGAAAUUUACAAAACAUAAAGACUUAAAACCAUAUUUAUUAAUAAAAACAUUACUAAAUCAAUUAAAUGUACCAUAUAUCUCUUCCUUCGUGAUGAACUCCUUUUACGCUGUGACCUAAAAUAUCACUGCACCCCAAUUCUCAAAAGUAUGCCACCUUUUGGAUUCAGCACCUCAAUUUCCAGCUUCGCUAAGAACCCGGCCCCAUUCCAUUAAUUAAAAGUCGGCAAUUCAGUCCUUAUUCGUUCCGAAAAGAGAGGCAAUCUCAUAUUACCAUGGAACCCGAAGAUGUUCCGAGUCACUGCCGUAAAAGGAGGAUCAGUCAUUGCUUGGAGGCGGGAUGGUCAGCGUUUGAUGCGACACACUUCCGCCGAAAAUACCAGGUGAGGACAUUCAGUCAAACCCACCUUCAUUGAACUCGGCAACGACCUGAUUACUCAGCCUAGACCUUACUCGACUGGCUUUGGGUUCGUUUUGCAAUGUCGUAUUAGUUAACAUGCACAACUCAACGAAAACGAACGAAUAUUCAGUUACGUUAAUAAGGAUAGCUUAUUUUAUAUGUCAAGAUUACAAUUAUACGUACAUGCAUAUAUCAAAACAUAGGUUAUUGUUUAGCAAAUGGC